GUGCCAGUGGAACUGGAGCUUGGAAGGAGGCAACUGAGAAAGACGAGGGAGGCACUAGCUGGUGAGGGGGGCCCUAAGGCUUGCAGGACAAAAAUCUUUUCAGUGCCCCACCCAGCCCGUCGGUUCACAGACAAGCAUGAAUGGGUCUCAGUUGAAAACGGUAUUGGAACUGUAGGAAUCAGCAACUUUGCACAGGAAGCAUUAGGAGAUGUGGUUUAUUGUAGUCUUCCAGAAAUUGGAACAAAGUUGAACAAACAGGAUGAGUUUGGUGCUUUGGAAAGCGUGAAGGCCGCUAGCGAACUCUAUUCCCCACUCACAGGAGAAGUAACAGAAAUUAACACUGCACUUGCUGAUAAUCCAGGACUCGUCAACAAAUCUUGUUAUGAAGAUGGGUGGCUUAUCAAGAUGACUGUGGAUGACCCUUUAGAAUUUGAUGAACUUCUGACUGAAGACGCAUAUGAGAAAUACAUAAAAUCUAUUGAGGAGUGACCUGAACAUUGCAAGGCAAUGAACGAAGCCUCUUUCUUCAGUGUAGAUUGUCAUGAAUUAGUUGUGUACAGAAGCGUUGACUCUGAGCAACCUGUUGAGGGCAUUUUCAAGGAAAGGGUGCUGUUUGUGAUUCAGGCUGCACUGCUCUCUGCCCACAAGGGAUGCCAAAUCAAAACCUUUUUUAUGUUUGCCCACCUUUUGCUACUCCGUUGUCGCGUGCGCGCGCGCGUGUGUGUGUGUGUUUUUCCUUGUUUCCUAUUACAUGUAAUUCUAUGAAGCUGGAGUUUGAAGUUCAUAAUUACCUCUGGAGUAGAAUAACCUUUGUUCCUUAAACCCAAGCACUGAUAAUGUAGAACUGUGAAGUGAUGCAACAGCCUUAAUUCCAUAGCACAAAGUGUGCUUUUUAUCCAUUCCAUUUAUUUCUUCCCUCCCUCCCAUUCCAUGCCCCCCACCCCAAUCUUCCUUCCAGGGUACAUGAGUCUACUUUGAAUCAGGCUUUGUAAUAUUAAAGCUGUCUUUCUAUUUUCAGAAUUAGUGAGCGUUCCUGGUGAUUAAAGCAGAACCAGAUUUCAUGUUUUAAAGUUAAAACAUGAAUUAAUGGCCGUUUUCUAAAGAUAAAGCUUUUUAGCAGAACAGAUAACAGAAGUUAAUAAAAAAUCCUGACUCUA